AGGUCAGCAAUUCCCUCCAAAUAUGGCAAUUCAUAUCUCUUCUCUCUCUUCCUCUCUCUAUUCUCACCAACCAACCCAUUAUCACCAACAAUGGUUUCAAGGAGGGUCCUCAUCAUCAUCACCAUCAUCACCAUCAUCACCAUCAUCAUCAUCAAUCUCUCAUUUUCUCAUCAUCUUGUUCUUCUUCUUCCUCCCACUGGCUUUCUCUGGGGUCUCUCACCAAUUUUCCUUUUGGGACCCCUUUGACGUUACUACUUUCUGCUCUUCAAUUUUAGAGCUACUGAAUCCGCAGCUACAUGUUAAGCUAUAUUAGAUACCUUGUCAUUAGUGUGGAACCUGAAAUAUCAACCAAAUGGGGUUGAAAUUUACAAAGCAGGGGCCACAAAAAGUUGAUGACUUGAGUUUACAGAAUCACAUGAUCAAUUACCUUACCAAGAAUUUUAUUCGAAACUUGGUAUCUAAGCAACGGAGACGGAUGCUCAUUGCCGGCUAUGAUCUUGACAUGACAUACAUCACAGAUAGAAUAUUGGCAAUGUCAUUUCCUGCGGAACGAAUGCGAGCAGUGUAUCGAAAUCCUCUAUGGCAGGUGAAAUCUGUGUUGGACAUGACACACCAUGAACAUUAUAAGAUCUAUAAUCUCUGUAUAGAAGAAAGUUAUGAUCCGGCAAACUUUCAUGGACGUGUCGAAGCAUACCCUUUCGAUGAUAACCAUGUACCGCCCCUUGAAAUGAUCAAAGAUUUUUGUGAAAGUGUGCAUUCAUGGCUAUCAAGUGAUCCAAGAAAUAUUGCUGUCAUUCAUUGCAUGGCAGGGAAGGGUAGAACUGGCUUAAUGGUGUGUUCAUACCUAACUUAUUCUGGCAUGACAGCAGAUGAGGCUCUUCAAUUGUAUGCAGAGAGAAGGACAACAAAUAAUGAAGGAGUAUCAAUACCAAGCCAACGCCGUUAUGUAAGGUACUUUGAAAGUGUACUUUCUACCCCUAGGGGCAGAGUGAGCUUGCCUCAACCAUGUAGCAGAGAAUUGCGCCGAAUUCGCCUUUAUGAUACAGUUAACAUCUGUGCAAUAUUCUUUGUGAUUUCAGAGCUGCAGGAGGAGGCUCCUAACCAGUGCUAUCGUCCGCCGGUGGAAAUUUUCCGAGGGUGCUGCAGAGAGAUUAAGAAAGGCUAUCAGAGAACCAACAGUCCUCGCUACUAUCUUUCUUAUAUCGAAGAAGAAAAUGAAGAUGGAACACAAUCAGAACAAGAAGAACCUCGGAUUGUUGUUCAAAUGGACACAGAGAGUCCUGCAAUAUACAAGAAAACCUGUUUGGAUUAUUAUUUCGACCAACCGAUCCUAUUAACUGGAGAUGUACGUGUGAUAUUCUAUGAGAAAAUGAUAGGAGGCCGUCUCUUCUAUUGUUGUUUCAAUACAGCUUUUGUUAAGAACAGCAUGGUACAGCUGGGAAUACAGGAUUUGGACAAAGUUGGGAAGAAAGGAAGAUCAAUAUGUGGAAGUGAUUUUAGCUUGGAAUUACUGUUUGGUCCUGCCAAUUCAUCAAGUGUAUCCAAUAGUGACAAUGCUAGUAUUGUUUCCUUGUGAUCAUAAUAUUUAUGCAACAGAUAAUAUCAAAGGUCAUGUUCAAUUUUACAUUACACUAACGUGUGCUG